AAAACAGGCUAAGAAACGAGCUUUUAUUGUUUCUUAAUGACAUUCUUAUUAUGGUCUAUUUUUUUGGUUCAUCUCUGCGCUGCUUUGAUUUGAUUUUUUUUCUCUUCUUUUUGCUAAUAUUCACUUUUCUGCUUCUGGAUGUGGUUCCUCGAAAUAAGCUAGGUUCUUUGUGGUCUGAAAAUAAAUACACUCAUACAUCAAUCUCUGGAAAGAGAUCCUUGGGCUGGUUUUCUUUCAAUGAAUUCUUUCUAUGGGGUUUUCUCUUUUUCUUUCCUUUCUACUGGAUUGCUGUGAUACCUACUUUAUAUUUCGUUCCCUUCCAAGGUAGACAAUAUUGCUUGCACAAAUCCUUAACAAAGAACUCUUUUCUUUUUAGUGCAAAGAAAUUUUUCAUAUCGGGGCCGGCUUGUAAUUUUCGUAUAUAGUUGAUGUGCAUCUCUGUAAAUCAUCUCUGUGUGUGUACUAUUGUAAAAUUGUGGCAUUUUGAGCUCUCUUAAAGAUUUAGACCUUUCCUCGAGCAGAGCUAAAUUUCUUCAGCUCAAACGCAAGAUUUCUGGAGUUAACUACCUUAUAUUUGGACAUGGUGAGAGGAAAGGUUCAAAUGAAGAUGAUCGAAAAUGCCACAAGCCGGCAAGUGACCUUCUCAAAGCGUAGAAAUGGACUUCUGAAGAAAGCUUAUGAGCUCUCGGUUCUAUGCGAUGCAGAAGUUUCAGUGCUAAUCUUUUCACAGAAAGGAAGGCUCUCUGAAUUCUCAAGCAAUGACAUGCAAAAGACCAUAGAACGGUAUCGUAAACAUGUGGAAGAACUGCAACCUGAGAACAAUGAUACAGAACAACGCAUUCAGCAACUAAUUAGUGAAUCCACUGAGAUGGUGAAGAAGAUUGAACAACUUGAAAUUUUACAGCGGAAGUUUUUGGGACAAGAAUUAGCUUCUUGUUCUCUGGAAGAACUCCAAGAGAUGGACAGCAAGCUGGAGAAAAGUUUAAGCAACAUCAGAGCAAAAAAGGAAGUGAUGUUCAAGGAGCAGAUAGAGCAACUAAAAGAGAAGGAAAGGCUCUUGCUAGUUGAGAAUGCAAUUUUACGUGAAAAGUGUGAUGAGAAGGCAUGCCCGCUUCCAACUCAACAGAAAGAAGUAAGCUUUUCCAGCUUAAGCAGCGAUAUUUCAGAGGUGGAGACUCGAUUAUCCAUUAGACUUCCAGAACCAGUAACGCACCUUUCCUAGAUCCAUUAUUAUUAUUAUUAUUAUUUCCAACGACCUCAAAUAAAUUGAUGAGCUUGUGUAUCAUUUGAUUGGAUGUAGCCUCUAGCAUCUGAUAUUCUGAUGGAUCCUCCUUUUUUUUUUUUAAUACUUUAUUAGUAUAAACAAUAUUUUUAUUAAUUAAAUUUCAAAAAUAAAAUUUAGCA